AUGCAAGAGUCCGAGGGUUCUGAAUGGCAACGCGAGCCGUUACCAGAUUUCUUGAGAAGUCCGGGGCUACAAAAUUUUAUCAAGGAAGUUUACAAGGGCAAAAAGGCCAAGCCAUAUCCCCAAGACUUUGGCCUCCAUAAUUUUGAGUUGGAUCUCGGCGAUGCAGCUUAUGAUUACGCUGUAUCGGAUGGACCUGUUAAGCAAACAUGGGGAGAUUUGAGUCAAUGGUUCAAUGCAGAGCGUGGCUACGACGGUACCUCACCAAAAGUAGCUCCCCCGAAAGAAUCCGACGAGCUUGACAUACAGCCGAAAUACAAUGAUUUGUUUUGGGAUAAUCACAGCAUUGACUCGAUUUCAAAACAAAUCGCAAGUCAUGCGCGGGACGAAACUUCAGACCCUCCCAUCGAUUAUUAUCAUAAACCAAAGCCUUUCUUGCGUGGCUUGAUUGAUUUCCAAAAUAUCUUUGGCCACAAGGCUACCGAAGCCCCUCUCUCUGGGUAUAGUAAGCAAAAUCUGCGCGAGGAUUUGAUUGCUGCGUCCUUAUUUCAUCAUAUUGCGACAACGAUUUUGAAGAAUCCUUUCUUCUUCUUGGAUGAUGUAAAAAACUUGAAUGGGUCAGUCGACGGCCCGCAUAAUCCUGUCGACAAAUUAUAUCAUGAUCUCCUCCAGCAUGAAUCUCUACAAAACCAGCAUGUCGCCAAAUCCUUCCGGGCGCAUACCCUUAGGUUACUUAGGCCUCAAGAGGAGUAUAGCUAUAGUAAGAGCAUCGCAGCCAUAACAAAUGGCAAGAUUCGGAGAGUAGCACAAGCUCGAGCAAGACAAUGGUUGAGAAGCGAAGCACAGGAUCUUUGGCUGCCGACCAUCGACAAAAUCGACGAACAUGAAGUUGAGAUUCUUUACGAAAGAGCUGCGGAAUUAGCAGUUGAGGUUGCUUCCAUGACAUGGACGGAUACUCAAAUAGAAACCUUGAAAGAUUAUACGCCUUUGCCACAUCCUACUAUUCCUUGCCUCCCUUUAUCAUUCUGGAAACAUUACAAAGCCGACCCAGCUUUGCAUCAUAUCUCAGACAUGUCGAGGUAUCUUUUCGGAGACAUUCCUGUGCCACCACAAGACCUAAAAGUUCUAAAUGAGCUCGAAAAGCAGGUUAAAUUGGUCAGAUGUAGACUUGUCAUAUAUGUGCACAUUGAACAUCCUUCAAAUCUAGAAGCAAAGCACCCGUAUCUUGAGGUCGAAGGGUACCCGUUCCCAGACCCGGUCCGGGUUAAAGACUGUCCAGAACAGAUAUAUCUGGAGUUACCAGAAUUGGAAAAGCAAGAGCCUGAUCCCCGGAAGCUAGAAAGAGUCUACAGCGAUGAAGACUUGGCCAGACUGCCUCCGAGACUGCGCGGCAUGUUCGGAGACAAGCUCACUUGGCGAAAAGUGUGGAAGUUUUACAAAUGGCUCUUUGAUUCCGCUCUCUAUUAUAUUCCGUUUUACGCGGUGGCGUUGGGAAUUCCUUUUAUACUUGCAUGGGGCUUUUACAAACUUCUCUCCCUUGGAGCUGAUGAAGAGGUAGAUUUGUGGUUUUUGCCUAAUAUUCGGAAUCUAUUUUACUCUUGGCGAGAUGCAUUGUCCUCAUACUUCUUCGGAAUCCUUGGCUGGCUGGGGAUUUUAAAAUUGUAUGAUCUAGCGAUGACUAUUCUCCAUAACAUUUUUACUCCAUGGCUUGGAACCUUUGCUCACGGGAGGGAAUUAGCCCUUCAUUCCGUCACAGCUUGGAGAGAACAUAUGUCUGGCUUGUAUGAUGCCACCGCGGAAUAUGUCGUUUCCACAAGAAUAUGGAAUCUCCUCCCUGAUGAAUGGGGAUUGCUAAUUGGCUUCCUUUGUUUUUUUAUUCCGUCUGCCAUCUUAUAUCAUCUGGCCGGCAGGGGUUUUGCAGGAGCGCCAGGCCCAGCCCCACUGUACAUACGUCCACUCAUAAUUGUUAUCUUAAUCUACCAGUCGUUAUGGUUUGAUUCUGUACGAGGCGCGCUUACAGAUUUUACUGGCUACUUAUCAGAUGUACCGAAAAUUGUGAUAGGUAUGUUCGAGGGUUUAUUGAAUCUCCCAGAAACCUUCAACUGGAUGUUAGAAUGGAUUUCUGGAAUUGGUGGCGAUACGAGCGUCACUAUUAUACCAGAACUCGACCCAAGUCAGCCUGGGGUUUCGAUAAAACCAGAGCCAGAGCCAGGAACACAUGAUGAUGUUCCACAGCCUUUCCAAUUAACCCCAAAAAUGGAAGAGGAGCUUUCGCGAACAACACUUGGAGGGUUAUUAACAGGUUCAAAACUUGGGAAUGCAAUACGAAUAUCGAAUCUUUCAAAAGAACAAGAAUUAUCGAGUAUCGCUGAAAUGCUAGAGCAGUCGCAACUUAGCGAAACAUUAGAAGAUUUUGGAUUUGGGCAAUCGCUCGUAGGAAGAGAACCCACCGGGCAAUCUUUGAAAGGGUCUUUGCUUGGAUACAUAUUAACAGGAUCUGAUACUGAAAAGAGGCUAGUAACUGCACAGCUAGGAGCAACAUUGGCAAAAUCGGAGUUUGCAGAACAGUUUGUAGGAUCUGAAAUGGCGAAAACGUUAACACAAUCUGAACUCGCAGAACGAAUAACCGAAGCCUUGAACACAGACCUGGGCUUGGGAAUACUAGACUCGGGCUUGAAGGGGCAUGCGAAGAAAAUGACGUCUGUACCAAUGCUUGCAAAAGUAAUAUCAGGACUCAAUCUGGCAGAAACGCUAGAAGGGUCAUUGCUUGGGAAGAUAUUAACGGGAUCAACUUCGGGACCUAUUCUUCCAGUAGAAGCUCUUACUGCGUGGGAGGGACUCGCACCACCAGAACCAUAUAUUCCUGGAACACUUGUUAUAGGGGUAGAACCUGCUUCGACGAUUGUCACGAAGAUAACGACCAUAGUCAUGAAGCCAAUAACGAUGUUACUCAGCCCCUUUCAAUUGAUAGUAACGAAAAUAGUGUCAGUACUAAUGAAAGCACCAAUGAUAGAAUCUCUUCUACCGACGUUGACGACAGUAGCGAACACAGCUCUGAAACCAUUGGCUCCGGUGAUAGGUUUCUUGGGCGGUUUAUCCUCUACCACCGAGCAAUCAUCUGACCAAAAGCCGGGAUUUACCCCAGAAACUGGAGCACCAAUAUCGGGUUCUGUUCUUCCAAUAAUAGCGAAAGCGUUCACUAUAAUUUUGAAGCCAAUUGCAUCAUUAGUGGCCAAGUUCUCCGGUUCAUCCUUUACUGAUUUGCCUGACUCAUACCUAAAGAUAUCUUUCGAUCCAGCUAAGGUGUCAUCCGUCAUCACUUCGCUAAUACUUCCCGUGCUUGGCGUGGGUUUCUACAUAGUUGUACGGCGCUACAUAGCAGCCUGGACCCAGGGAAAUCUCGAAGAACCCGUACCCCCCCAAAGAAACAGAAUACGUGAUCUAUUCACCUAUGUCUUUCAUAAACUUCGCUCAGCUUAUCGCUUGUUCCGUCGAUUUCUCGGUGUAUUGGCUCAUCUAUCCAAAUAUGUUUUCCGUCCAUUUAGGUUUCUCCUUUGGCCAUUUAUAUUGCUUCGCAUGUUAAUUGUCUAUGUUCUUCGCCCACUUAGACCGUUGGGCUACCCAUUCGUUUAUGUUUAUUGUCAGAUUACCAGAUUCGGUGGUUAUAUCUGGCGAUCAAUAGUUGAUCGAAUACCAUCAGGACGCUAUCUACUCAUCCAAUUUCUGACUCUAAUCGUGUUUACAUUACAUCUCAUGAUGCCUAUACUUUUAUAUGCUUAUUGGCUGUUCGAGCAAUACCAAGAUUACCGUCACCCAAGGCCUCAACUGCGCCAAUUACCAUUCGUCAACAGAAUAAUCGGUUUUUUUAUGCGCGUAUACGAAAUAGUUCUCCAACUAUUCGCAGACACAAGACAGAAAUUAGCUGAUUUGUACAAUUUUUUACACUUGAAUGCCUUUGCUCCCCUCCGAGGGAUAAUCGAUGCAACAACAUUCUUAUACAGACAAAUUUUUCGCACCUGGAACAUAUUUUCCCGCACUUUAAAAUUGGUUUUUUAUUCGACGGCUUUCUUGAUCUAUGUAUUGUUUGGAUGGGAGACAGAAGCCUUUUUUGACCCCGGACAAAAUCCAGAAAUUCUUUUGGCUCUCCGAGCUAUCCGCUCUUAUCUUUGGAAGACCCCUUUCGCUCGAGUUAUAGUUCCUCUUCGUGGAGAUGAUUUGGCCGAUCAUCGUUUCCCUGGGUUUGCCCAGCGUCGUCAUCGCUCUCUCCCUCAUCCACAGUGGUUUCCCUAUUUCCACUUGCUGAUUGGGGCAUCUAUCGGCAUUUUCGCAUACCUUACCGCAGGUGAUCACCCUAGUGGCCGUGAUUUUCUUCAUCGUACCAGUGACUUGAACUCGACCUUGGAAGAAAUAUUAAAAAAUUGA